AUGCACCCCUUCCAACGAACUCUUCUAACCCGGACUCUCUCAUCAUCAAUAUCAUCGUGCGCCCGUCGUCGGUUGGCGGUCCAUAAGCCCUUACUAAUCCGCAGAAUCCACAUCUCCCAACCUUUAUUCUCCAAGGGAGAUCAAGGCGAGUCUGAUGACUAUGAUAACGUGUUGCGGAAUAUAAUCCUUCAGGCUAGUUUGGGGGAUAACCUUAGGAAGUUUCCGGAGGUAAAUAAGGUAGAAGGAGAAGGAGGAGGGAAAGAACCUGUGAAGAAAGAAGGGAAGGAAGAAGAAGAGGCUGAGGAGGGUGAUAAAGAACCGACGAAUUUGUUGAUUACGCUGGAUGCGUUGGGGACGUUAUAUGAAAUCAAGAAUGGAGAUUUAGGACGGCAGUAUGCACUCGUUGCGGAGAAGUGCGGAUUGAAAGGGUUGGAUCCUGGUGAUGUUGCUAGGAGUUUUAAAGAUGCAUUCAAGGAACUUUCAACAUCACAUCCAAAUUACGGAUAUCACACCAAAGGCAUGGACCCAAGAAAAUGGUGGGAAGAAGUAACAAAAAGGACAUUCGAACCUUUACUCCCCACUUCGACCGUCACAAAAUACCCCACAAACCUCGCUGAAGCCCUGUGGACCCAUUUCUCCACCGAUACCGGCUACUCAAUCUUCAACGGAACCAUCCCGUUCCUUUGGAACAUCAAGGAUCUCAAAGCCGUGGCUACCAGAACCCGCGAGGGUGAAGCGGAUUGGAAGUAUCGUACUAUAACCAUCGGUGUAAUCUCCAAUUCCGAUAAUAGGGUAGCCAGUGUACUCUCUUCGAUGGGUAUUGCUAUUACCCACCGAGCCAUGUCUCAAGACGGUGAACUUAAAAAGAAAAAGACGAAAAGUUCGUUGAGGAGGCAAGGGAGUAAACUUGUCAAAUCGUUGAGGAAAGCUGGGGUUUUAACAUCGGAGUCGAAGAGUUUGAUGCUUGAGGCUUUGGAUGUGAAGAAUGAAAUUAUAGGCGGGGAUCAGGUGGUAGAUUUUCUAGUUACCAGUUGUGAAAUUGGGGCUGCGAAACCGCAGAAGGAGAUCUUUGAGACGGCGAGGAAGGCGGCAAGGAAUUCGGUUAUAGAGAAGUUUGGGAUCGAGGAGGCGCGGAAAGGGUGGGAUUGGUAUCAUGUUGGGGAUAAUAAGGAGGAGGACGUGGUGGGUGCCUAUGAAGCUGGAGGGGUCGGGAUAUUAUUUGACAGGAACAAGGAGAUCGGGGAAACAGAGACGAUUGUAGAAGGGUCUGAGGAAGGGGUCGGGUAUAAAGCUAUGGUUAUUGGGGAUUUGAGGGAGGUUGCGGAGUUCACGGAAGGGCUUAGCAUUUUGUAUCAGGCGGGUGGUGAGAAAAUCCCUUACCCACGUAGGGUUCAGCAACUACAAUAA